AAUUGAAACAGCCCCUCUUCAACCUUGGGGGAGGAGUAGCCCACACAGCAACUCGCAGGGGAGCCUUCCCUUUUGGUUGGCCUCAAUAGUCCUCUCAAUGAAUUGAAGGUUCCGGCGUAACCCUCUCAGAAUGAGCGGCGCCGCUCACAUUGUAGUCAGGCAGCAUUGCGGUCAUGGAGGCAGCAUCGUCACCAGGCUUCCUUUGGAAGGACCGUCGCGUGCUCUCCAUUGCAGCUGCACAACCCGGGGAGGUAGGGCUGAAGAACAGCUGUCAGCAUUUCCCAGUGUUGAUGGGCUCCCUUUGCAAACCAUGUUUCAAGGCGCCUAGCACUGGCGGGCUUUCAUUAAUAGGUGGUUGUGCACGGUCUGGGGGGCCGGUCAGCUCUAACCCGUUUUCUAGGGUUCCAAGCACCAGGUGCAGCUGUAAAGCGAGCGCCGCACAGGCGAAGGUAGCCACCAGUGCCAAGACAAGUGCCAAAACCAGGAAGCAAGAUGCGCCCGGCGCCGAACUUGACAACUUUGAUUUUGAAGAAGAGUCUCGGCCCGUGAAAGUGGCGACUUUCAGGGUGGUUGGCAGCUGGUUAGAGCAGCUGGGCGACGUGCAGACGAGCCAUCAUCGAUGCGUGGGGCGCCGGGGCGCUGCAAAGGCACGCAGUAUAAUGAGCUUGGACCCUGUGGUUGAUAGGGAGAUGUCGAUCAAUGGAAGAGAGGGAUGUGAGGGCGCGCUGUCCAGAGGAGUUGCGUUGGAUAACACUGCGGGGUCGGUCAAACUUCUGCUUUCAGGGACGGGCCGACCAUCUAUGAUUGGUGGCGCCUGUCAAAAUGUGGGAAAGUCAGCAGAGCGAGGGGCAGAGGGGGCCGGCGGGCGGCUUCGGACAGCGCCAGCCAUGGGGACGUCCGAAAGUAGCCUCUUUCAAAACGCUGUGAGCAGAGGCGAAUCGGACGGUGCCACUAUGGAUCAAGAUGUUGCAGUCAGCGGCGCUCUAGGCAAAGGUGGGGCAUACGAAGGUUUGGAUAGUAGGGAGUAUAGUGGGGAGCGGUUGGAGAGUCUGGGGGCGUGGAAACAGUAUGCCCCUCGAAAAGGUGUUGGAGCCAACGCGCAGCGAAAAGGGGGGCCUGAGCGAGGGGCAGAGCAUGGAGGAGCCGAGUUCGGUGUACGGGGUGAAGAGGACCCUUUCAUGGGGGGGACGGAAGUGGCAGUUUUGGCAGGGGGAAGCACAGAAGCUGGUUCUGCGGAGGGGGGCAUAGUAGCCAGAUUGCAAGGGAGAAGAAGUAGAUCUGAAGGGGGUAGUGUGGGAGGCGCUUCCCCCAGGGGGGUCAGAGAAGAAGAUUCUGUAUCAGAGCGUGAGAAAGGGGAAGCAUCUGCAACCAGGGGCCCCGACAGAGCUGGUCCCUCAGGAGGGGGCAAAAGAGGGGACUCUGCGGAGGGGAGUAGGGGACCGAGUCUUGAGGAGGCAAGCGAGAGAAGUGCAUCUGCGGCCGAAGCUAGCAUGACAGCCAAUAGUAGCCAAAGUGGUUUAGGGCAGCCGGCGGGGACGCCAAGAAGAAGGGGUCGACCGCCAAAGACAAGUAGAGAAGCAGGGUUCUCAAGAGGGACGGAAGCGGCGGCUUCCUUUCAGGGGGGUGGACAAGCCAGUUUAACAAGGGGGGCCGGAGCGGUUGCUUCCAUACCUGGGCGUGAAGAAACAGUACUCCUGGGCAAGGUGGAUGGAGCAGACUUUGGGAGCGGAGCUGGGGAUAGGGAGAGCGGAGAUGGGGCUUCUACUCGGAAAGAUCCACGUCCCUUGUUUUUGGGGGUUGGGAAUGAAGCGGAAUUGAGGGGGGUUCCCGAAGGAGUGAGUGUUUUGGGGGAGAGCGAAGGCACGGGGGCUGUCGUGGAAGACAUGUUUGGAGUACUGACAAGCGAACAUGGAGGGAACGGCUCACAAGAGCCAGUCAGAACGCCCAAGAAAAGGGGUCGGAAGCCAGGGACUAAGAAGGCAAGUCUCGUCCCUGUGGACGGCUUUCAACAAUCUCGCGCUUCUGACGCUGCGAGUGGGGUACGAAAAGAGCAGCAGUCGCUACUUGACGCAGCGGUCGAGAGCGGCGCUAGGUGCAUAGAAACUGGGGCUGCCUUACGAUCACAGUGCAACACGGAAGAAGUUGGCGCGCAGAACAACGGGGCCGUCAGCGGAAGUGGAGAACCGAACGGGAGCCGGCCCCCUGCCGAUGAUGGAGAGCUGUGGGAACUUAGACGGGAGUUGGCGCAGGGGGGCCUUCGAGUCCAAGCGGCUGAUGCUCGAGGGGGGUUGUCGAUUCCAGGAGAGAGGGAUCCCUCUCUCGACAGCGGGACUGUUACGGCGGAAGCAGAGGGGAUGUCACAUCUCCAGACGCAAGGACCCGCAGUGCCGACGGCGUUGCGAAAGGAGAGAAGAAUGCGGACGAACUUGAACUCGGCAGUCUCCAAGGCCGACGACCCGUUCAAGGACCACCCGCUGCGGCAGCGCGGGAAGCAGUGCGAGCGCUGCGAGCAGCUGAAGGAGCUCGCGGACUACACGCGCACCGUUAGCACCGCCGACGGCUUCAACCCCUUCUGCCGGGCCUGCCAUGCGGCCAUCAACGCGGGGCGGCGGGGCAAGAUUCUGCCGCAGGCGUCUCUCGAGGGCCGCGUCUGCAGCGACUGCAAGCGCUUCCGCCCCGCGCUCGAGUUCGCGCUCAAGCCCGACGGCCUGAAGCUCCGCUGCCGCGCGUGCGACUCGCUCAAGCAGGCCGCGUACCGCGAGCGGGUCGGCCAGCGCCGGCUAGAGAUCAGCCACCAAGAAUGCGGUCACUGCCACGAAACGAAGCCCAUCGGCGAGUUCAGCCGGCACAAGGGGCUGAAGACGGGCCACGACACGUACUGCAAGAAGUGCCAGCGGGUGCGCUACCUUGCGUGGAAGGCGGACCGGAAGCCGCUCUCGACGCCGAUCGUGAAGGAGAAGAAGUGCGCGCGCUGCGAGGAGACGAAGCCCGCGAGCGAGUACGCGCGCUCCGUGACGAACUUCGACGGGCUGCAGACGCUGUGCCGGGGAUGCGUUUUGCUGGUGCGGAAGGAGGGGGGGGCGGUGCGGGAGGGAUUGUUGGGGGAGUCGGAUGACGGGACGAACGGUUGAGAUUUGUCGAAAGAGCGCUGGCCGUCACGAUGGCGGCAUCUCGGAAGCAUGACGACGGCAAUCACACCAGGACAUCGGGCCUAAGGAUUCAAUUCUUGCUCUUCAGCGUAAAUGAGGGCUGCGAUUGCAAGCGCAGCUGCCCGCUCAGAGAUGCUGCAAUUCGCAAUUCUGCUGGUAGGUUAAAAGCGAGAGAUAUGGAUUAAUUUGCAGAUGGUACGACAUGUAUUCUUUCCUCGCAACAUUGUGCGAGGCCUAAACUUGGA